CGAAUUUUACAUAAAGCAUCGGAAAGAGGGAAGGAAAAUUCCGAUAUUGAGAUCGGAAGAGCACAAGUGUGGAAGAGAAUGAUGGUCUCCAUACCAUAUUUGAGCGUUCAAGCAGAGCGUCCAACACGUUCCAGGACUCGACGAUUCCACCUUCAAAUGUAAGGGCUUAUAAAUCUGCCAUGCGAAAACCUGCUGCUUCUUCACCAAUUUCCCAAACCCAAUACGCCAAGAUCUCGAUUCUUGUUGGAGAUCCCAAUUGCACCACCUCUAGAGUUUCGAUAUGACCGGACCCCAUCAAUCUUCUGGCGCUCACAGCAUCAGGGAUACCAUCUGUUACGCCGCUUCGGGUGCUGCUGCAGGUGCAAUUGCUGCCACUUUUGUCUGCCCAUUGGAUGUGAUCAAAACAAGAUUACAGGUCCAUGGCCUACCUGAAGUUCGGCAUUCUGGCGUCCGAGGUAGCGUCAUUAUUACAAGCCUAGAAAACAUAAUAAGGACAGAGGGUUUGAAGGGAAUGUAUCGUGGCCUUUCGCCAACAAUAUUGGCACUACUUCCUAAUUGGGCCGUGUACUUCACAGUGUAUCAGAAAUUAAAAGACGUACUGCAUUCCCAUGUGGAUAGCAGCAGUCAACUUACAAUUGGUGCAAAUGUGAUAGCUGCUUCAGGAGCUGGGGCUGCCACAGCAAUUACAACGAAUCCAUUGUGGGUUGUUAAGACCAGACUCCAAACACAGACAAUGAGGCCAAAUGUGGUUCCUUACAAAGGCAUAUUUUCUGCUUUGAAAAGGAUUGCACAAGAGGAAGGCAUUCGAGGAUUGUAUAGUGGCCUUUUGCCUUCAUUGGCUGGAAUAACUCAUGUUGCCAUCCAAUUUCCAGCAUACGAGCAGAUGAAGUCCUAUUUAGCUAAAAUGGGUGAUACCACAGUUGAUGAACUAGGUCCUGGGAAUUUUGCAAUUGCCUCAUCCUUCUCUAAAGUACUUGCCUCCGUGAUGACUUAUCCCCAUGAGGUUAUUCGUUCAAGGCUGCAAGAGCAAGGGCAGGUCCGGAAUUCAGAGAAGCACUAUUCAGGUGUUAUUGAUUGCAUUGAGAAAGUGUACAGAAAGGAAGGUCUUCCUGGUUUCUAUCGUGGCUGUGCAACUAAUCUAUUGCGGACAACUCCAUCUGCUGUUAUAACUUUCACCAGUUUUGAGAUGAUUCAUAGGUUUUUACAGCGACUUCUACAUCCGGAUGCAAAGCAUUCAUCAGCCAACCCUAAUUCUGAUGGCCAUAUUAAACCUCAGCGUGAAAAUGGGAGAACCGUAGUAGAACAAAAUGACUCCAGUGUAAGGCAGUCACAAGCUCAAUCUACUAGUAACAGAACUCCAAUUCCUAUUGGAAACAAGGAGCAGCUACCUGCAAGCCACUGAUUGAUUAGUGUUUCUUGUCAACCUUAUUUACCCCAUUACAGAAAUUUUCUGCAAAACUGAUUAGGUUAAGCCACUCCAGUGUGAAGCUGAAUAAAAUGAGAUCAAUUUUUUUA